AUGCCCGUCUACAUCAGCCACGGGGUCACCAUAUCGUCCCCGCACAUGCACGCCCUGUCUCUCAAGCGCCUGAUGGAUGUGCUGAAGCCUGGAUCCCGGGCCAUGGACGUGGGGUCUGGGUCGGGAUACAUAACCGUGUGCAUGGCCAUGAGAACGAAGGUACUGGAGAACAAGGACUCCUUCGUGAUAGGCCUCGAGAGAGUAAAAGACGUGGCGAACUUCUCCCUCGAAAAUAUAAAAAGAGACAAACCAGAGUUACUGCACUUGGACAAUUUUAAAAUUAUUCACAAAAAUAUUUAUCAAGUGAGUGAACAGGAGAAGGAACAGUUAGGAUUGUUCGAUGCCAUUCAUGUAGGUGCAUCUGCAAGUGAGUUGCCACAAAUAUUAAUUGACCUGUUGGCGGAGAAUGGGAAGCUCAUCAUCCCGCUCGAUGAGGGGUACACACAGGUUUUAUACGAAAUUACCAAAAUCAAUGGGAAAAUAAUCAAAGAUAGGCUCUUCGACGUUUGCUUUGUGACUCUGAAAAAGAAUUAG